AUGCUUCAGGGACUUUCAUCACUGAUCUCUCGUCUUAUACUCCCUGUCUCGUCGAACAACCUGUACCCACACUCAUCUCGACUUCAGCAGACCUAUUGUGACCCUACUUCCAAGAAGGCAUCAUGGCGCCCAAAGCAAGUCCAAUACUCACCCCUCGAAUCCCACACUCAACUGCCCCCGGAUCCCCCUCUUCCCCCUCCCAACCCGAAUUCUGCUAAUGUCACUCCCUCCUCCUCCACAGCCCCAACCUCCUUCCGCCGCCCCAACUCCAACCGAGAACGACUCAAACACCUCCUCUUCUCCCCAAGCCUCCCCUCCCAAGGCCCGAAAGGAACCUCGACCCAACAAAAGACCGUAAAACCGGACGGGGCAGACAAGCCCGGGGAGGGAAAAGGAACCCUCAAAGAAGCCGCGAUGAAGAACGUGACCAUGUUGGGAGAUCCUGUGAGCCUGAAGGCGGAGACGAGUGAGCAUAGCCCGAAGCCGGAGGAGGAUGGUGCCACGGAGAGGUUGAGGUCGAAGAUUUAG